AUGUCCUCUUCCCUUUUCACCCAUGCCGCUGCCCAUGGCCUCCUUCGCAACCUGUUGCGACUUCUUAUUCCUCUGUCGGUGACAUUAACUGUCUACCUCUAUCUCUAUCCCUUCUUCUUGACCUGCGGCUUUCCUCUACCGUCCUCUGCCCCGUCACAAGGGUCCUCCCAUGAUGGUCACCUCGCGGCCUGGCUGGAGACCGUAAAGCUCCACCUCUUCUCUGCAGACUCGUUGCCCACUACGACCGACACCAGCGAUGGCCCCCUCAACCGCUCUUCGUCGGCCUCUGCCUCCGACUUGCGCGUGGCCCCUUUCCGGCUACUGGCGCUCGGCGAUCCACAGCUCGAGGGCGACACUUCCAUACCGAAUGCCUUCCGCGACUCAUCCUUCCCACACCUUCACGACUUCUUCUCCCACCUCAAAUCUCGCUCCGAUGAGUACCCGACUUUUCGAAGGAGCACCAAACAGGCCUUCCACGACCUCGUUGAUUUCUACUUCGACGACAUACCCAACACACUCGAGAGUAUACGCAAGAGGAUUGAUCUGUUCGGUAAUGACUUCUACCUCGGUCACAUGUACCGUACCCUGAACUGGUGGACGGUGCCUACGCACGUGACAGUAUUGGGGGAUCUUCUCGGGAGUCAGUGGAUUUCGGACGAAGAAUUCGAGAGGAGGGGACGGAGAUACUGGAACAGGGCCUUCAAGGGAGGCCAGCGCGUGCCUGAUGAGGCUGCCGUAUGGCCAGACAAAGGCUGCCACGUCGUCACUGGCGCCCUAGGCACGGCACUGUACAACGAAACGUGGCAACGGCGUAUUCUCAAUGUCGCAGGCAACCAUGACAUUGGCUAUGCUGGAGACCUGACGGUUGACAGGAUGGACCGCUUCGAACGUGUCUUCGGCAAGGCCAACUACGAAUUGCGCUUCGAGGUUCCUCCUUGGGCCCUCUCCUCUGCUGCCGCGAGCACUUUCCAUGACGAUUCCGCAGAGAAUACCCAACACACGACGUCGUCCUCUUCCUCCUUCACUCCCGGUCACGACGGCCGCCUCAUCCCUGAGCUUCGCAUCGUCGUCCUCAACGACAUGAACCUUGACACUCCCGCUGCAUCCUCCGAGCUUCAAAUCAAUACAUAUAAAUUUGUCAACGACAUCAUCAACACCGCCUCCUCAGUCGAGCACAAGGGCCACUUCACCGUCGUUCUGACACACGUCCCCUUGUACAAGGCUGAGGGCAUCUGCGUCGAUCCUCCUUACUUCUCUUUCCACGACGAGGAUGGUAGUUUGAAGGAGCAGAACCAGCUGAGCGCCGAAGCCUCAAGCGGUUUCCUCCAAGGCAUCUUUGGGCUGAGUGGGGACCCGAUGGCGGAGGGCAACGGGCAAGGACGAAGAGGGGUCAUUCUCAACGGGCACGACCACGAAGGCUGCGACAUCUAUCACUUUAUCAAUCAGUCGCAUGGCGAGAGCCCGGCUGAUAGGGAGUGGCAGACGAAGAGGUGGCACGGCGCUACCGGAGAAGGCAUUGUGGGGAACCCUUCGAUACCAGGCGUCCGAGAGAUCACAGUACGCAGUAUGAUGGGCGGGUACGGAGGCAACGCCGGGCUGUUGAGCGCCUGGUUUGACGAGGACAGUUGGGAGUGGAAAUUUGAAUAUGCCGAGUGCGCUCUGGGGACACAAGUCAUCUGGUGGGCAGUCCACAUCGUCGACCUCAUCACGAUCGUGACUGCAUGCUUGUAUGGGGCCCUGUCGGUCCUACCUAGUGGAAAGAAGGGCCAAGGAGGAACCGAGAUGAACGGUUGUGUCAAGGAUCCUGUAAAAAUAUGAGAAAUGCAUAGCACAUCUGAAUCUUGUCCAUAGGUACGUCGCGUCUUAGAUACCCUGGCAUUGCCACUCCUCAGCCAAUACAACUUCUAUGACCUUC